CGGAAGUGACCGCGGGAGCCGGGGCCGGGGCCGGGGCUGCUGCUGCUGCUGCAGCUGGGGUGCCUUAUGGAAGUGGAUUGGGGGCUUGAGAGGGGCACCUUAGUAAGUUGUUUUUUCUCUCGUUCCACCCCCUCUUUGCUCAUCGGGGUCCAAGGCAAGGCCUGGGGAGAAGAGGAGGAGUGUCUGGGGCUCCCGAGAGCCGGGAAGGGCUGUCAUUGUGGAGAGCGGCGGCUGGAGGGCAGCCUGAGACUGACAGGGGCUUUCAGUAUGAUCCAAGGCUACAGUCCUGUGUUCCAAGCCAUGCUGGGGACCUUCUUCACCUGGGGUCUGACAGCAGCUGGGGCGGCCCUGGUGUUCGUCUUCUCUCGUGGACAGAGACGGAUCUUAGAUGGAAGCCUUGGAUUUGCUGCAGGGGUCAUGCUGGCUGCCUCCUAUUGGUCUCUUCUGGCCCCUGCAAUUGAGAUGGCAGAAACCUCAGGAAAUUUCGGUGCCUUUGCUUUCUUCCCGGUGGCCGUCGGCUUCACCCUUGGAGCAUCUUUUGUCUACCUGGCUGAUCUUCUGAUGCCUUACUUGGGUAUAGCUGAGGACUCCCAAAUGGCCCUAAUGAUGAGCUUUGACUACAAAUCAAUGAAGGAGAAAGACAAUGCUGAAUCUCCCCUGCCUUUCCAUGAGAAUGAGCUUUCGAUCCGGAUAGGUAGAACUGGACUUCAUUCAGACAAGAGUGAGAAUGGAGAAGCUUACCCCAGGAAGAAGGUGGCUGCUACUGGCAUGUCUGAUGGCUCUGCAUCCUUCCAGCCUCCCAGAGAGAACAGAGGGAAACAGGGCAACGAUAGUUGGAGACGAAUCCUGCUCCUCAUUUUAGCCAUAACCGUCCAUAACAUUCCAGAGGGUCUUGCUGUUGGAGUUGGAUUUGGGGCUGUUGGAAAGACUGCAUCUGCCACCUUUGAAAGUGCCAGGAAUCUAGCUGUUGGAAUUGGGAUCCAGAAUUUCCCGGAGGGCCUGGCUGUCAGCCUCCCACUUCGCGGUGCUGGAUUCUCAACCUGGAGAGCCUUCUGGUUCGGCCAGUUGAGUGGCAUGGUGGAGCCAGUGGCCGGGAUCUUUGGUGCUUUCUCUGUGGUCCUAGCUGAGCCCAUCCUUCCCUACGCGUUAGCCUUUGCAGCUGGUGCCAUGGUCUAUGUUGUCAUUGAUGACAUCAUUCCUGAAGCCCAGACCAGUGGUAAUGGGAAACUAGCAUCCUGGACCUCCAUCCUGGGAUUUGUGGUGAUGAUGUCACUGGACGUUGGCUUGGGCUAAUACCAAGGAAUCUUCGGCCUCAAAUGUGACAGAACAAGGAAGAGGUGGCAGUUGACUUCAGUGAAACCAGGAACAUAAUUCUCCACCCGUGGAUUUUUGUUUUUACUUUUUUUCUAUUUGGGUUUUAAAUCUUGUUCUCCUUCCCCUCUCUGAUUCAUUUUAGCAUCCCACAUAGCCAGUCAUUAAUCUGAUUGCCUCUUGAUCAUAAUAUGAUUCUUGUUACUUUUAGGAAUGUUGAUAUUGUUUGGAAUUGUUAGGUGGCUUGGAAUUCCUGGAUUUUUCUUCAGCUACUAAGCGGAUUCUUCCCUCAGUGGGGUUGGCAGUGAGUGACUACCAUCAGUAGAUUGCUCUUGUGUAAGAUUUCUCUCUACCUAAGGUUCUGCUCAGGUUUAUUGGACAUGAUCUCAUCUCCUUCUCCUUUAGCAUAGAUAAGAUUCCCAAAGGUAACCCUCAGAAAUGGGAUACCCUGUGAACCAAGAGGUAAGCUCCUGAGCAUCCCCACACCCACACACACACUAAGGACUUAAAAGAGUAGCCAGGUAGCCUUUUGUCUCUUCCUUCUACAUCUUUACUGUCUUUAAUCCUGGGGUCUUGAAGAGCUUUUAAAAAUGCCAUCCUCCAAUGCUGAAUUCAACCAGGAGCAGAACUGGAAUGUGACUUCGACAACUUGGCCUGCUUCCUAAGGUCAAAACAAGAAGUCUUCUGCCUUGGUACACACCCUUCCCCACCUCUUCUAAGAGAGUAGGGAUUAGAGCAAGGGAAAAGAGACUGGGUAUUGUCUUUUUAAAGAGCAAGAGAAGCUACGGAAGUUAUAGGAAACAGAUUUAACUGUGAUCACUUCGGGGACCACAGUGGAAAGGAGAGUAGAUUGCCUGGUUCGAGACUUCUGCAGUACCUGUUAUUCUAAUGAAAGAGAGUUGUGGUCUCAAUAGCAUAUUUAUCCAUGCUGUUUGCAAAUUCCCUGAACCACCCCCACUCAACUGCCAAUUUUUGAAGCUUACAUAGACCAUUUCCAUAUGAGGCCAAGGAGACACUGGAGACCUAUUAUCCUGCAAAUUCUUUAUGUGACCAUUGUAAGGGGGCCCCUGGAGCCAGACCUUCAGGAAUUUUGUCCUGUGCCCCCUCCCUAGUUCCUGCCAGGCACACAUUUCAGAUCAGCCCCAGUAGGUAAUUCUGUAACCUGACCCCAAAGCCACUACACUAAGUAAACCAGCUUUGAUGAGGGUUGUUGCAGAAGAAAGAGUUUUGGGGGAUUUUUGGUUUUGUUUUCAAGUUUCUAAGAACACAUUAGACAGACUGUGUUCUCGAAAUAUCUCCAACCUGCAGAACGACUUGUUAUAACAGAUCAGAAACCAGUCUUGUCCCUUAGAGGUAAAGGUUUUCAAACAAAGAAUUAUAGGGCUUGUCUGCUUCACCCACAGCGAGAGGUGGGUCAGGGGAAGCUUUGAGAAGCUUUGAGAAGUGGCCCAGAUUCCUCUGCUCAGGGCCUGGCCUUGUCUUUAGCCAAAGGAAGGGGUUCCAUACAUGACUUUGGAGAGGCUCAGCUGAGAAUCAGAUCCUCGGUUGGGUGCCCAGGCGUCGUAUUGGCAGCUCCCACUUUCUAAGUUUACAUGUGUAAUGUUGACAGUUCCUGAAUGUUCUCCCCACACCCCCACCACCGCCAACCCCCCCCCGCUUCCAAGUCCAAGAGACUGCCCUGCUUUGUGAAAAUGCAAGACCGAGGCUGGCCCUCAACCGUAGCCCAUUUCUGUGCUCCCAAACUGAAGGCCCGGUGGAGAGGGGAAGGGGGUAUUGGGUCAAGAUGAAUUAGUUUGGUGGCUGGUCUUUUGUUUUUGUUUUGUUUUUUACUUUGUGUAUAGUACUGAAAAAUGAAAAAUGCUGUUUCCAAUGGACAUGACCUUGUAACUGUGAUUAAUUUCAAUAAAGGGGGUAUUAAGAGUUGGA